AUGGAUCACCUUUUCCGCUGCGCCUUGCAAAGCUGGGAGGGCCAAACUGCAAGACAGUGUGGUAAUCAGAUCGGUGCCAAAUUCUGGGAAGUCAUCGCCGAUGAGCAUGGCAUCGACCCAACAGGCACCUACCACGGGGACUCCGACCUGCAACUGGAAAGGAUCAAUGUCUACUUCAACGAGGCUACCGGCGGCCGCUAUGUGCCACGGGCAGUCUUGAUGGAUCUCGAACCAGGCACCAUGGACAGUGUUCGAGCUGGUCCUUUCGGCCAGUUGUUCCGCCCUGACAACUUUGUUUUCGGACAGACUGGCGCCGGAAACAAUUGGGCUAAAGGACACUACACGGAAGGUGCGGAACUGAUCGACAGCGUGCUGGAUGUUGUGAGGAAAGAAGCUGAGGGCUGCGACUGCAUGCAAGGGUUUCAGCUGUGCCACUCGCUUGGAGGAGGCACCUAA